UCAUUACGUACAGCGGGACGUCUCAGAGAAGAUAAACAAAAAGGAAGGAAGCCUUCGGCCAUACAAUCGCGGCAAAAUCGGUUCGAAAUUUUUGCUUGGAAGCUAAAAUUAACAACUACAUGUGCCCUUAUAUUGCUUAGAUAGUUACCAAUUGGCGUUAACAAUCAUGGACGAGGGAAUAAUAUUUCGUAUGAGUGCAUAUUCCGAGCAAGGUGGGAGGAAAUACAUGGAGGAUGUUGUCGAUAUAAGGAUCGAGUACGAGCCGACACAGUCGCCGUCGCCAGGCGAAGAUUAUCCAAAUUCGCAGGGACAUGGAGGACAGGGGAAAGCGGAGAGUGAACCUACAAAACAGACUGAAAAGGAGACACGUGACCCUAACGUUGCUGCCGAAGCAGUCCCAGUUUCGGCAAUGUGGGUAGAGAGUCUCUCAAAUGAGGACAGUGGAAACAACAGUGCACCGGUGUCGGAGGGAAAAGUCGCAGGGCAAGCGGUCGACACUCGGAGGUCGGUGGCGUUUUUCGCCGUUUUUGAUGGCCACGGGGGUCGAGAAGCAGCACAUUUCGCACGAGAGAAUCUGUGGGAGUUAUUGAAAAGGCAGCGGGGGUUUUGGUCGAAGGAUCACAGUGAAGUGUGUGCUGCUCUAAAGAAAGGGUUCAUCGCCUGUCACCAUGCAAUGUGGAAAGAGCUACCGGAGUGGCCAAAGACUAUUACUGGCCUGCCCAGUACAUCAGGCACCACAGCCAGCGUGAUUGUGAUCCGCGGAGUUCACAUGUACGUUGCCCAUGUUGGGGAUUCGGCAGUAGUGGUUGGUGUGCAAGAAAAUGACUCGGAUAUCAGGCUCCAGGCACUUGAAAUAACACAGGACCAUAAACCUGAACUUCCUAAAGAAAAACAAAGGAUUGAACGACUGGGUGGCAGUGUAAUGAAGAAAUCUGGGGUGAACCGUGUUGUGUGGAAGAGACCCAGGCUGACCCACAACGGCCCUGUGAGGAGGAGUACAGUCAUCGACCAGAUCCCCUUCCUUGCUGUGGCCCGGUCCCUCGGUGAUCUGUGGAGCUACGAUUUCUACAGCGGGGAGUUUGUGGUUUCUCCAGAGCCCGACACCACCGUGAUGACGCUUGACCCCAGCCGGCAUCGCUACAUCAUCCUCGGCAGUGACGGGCUGUGGAAUAUGAUGCCACCCAGCAAUGUGGUCAAUAUGUGUUGUAGCCACGACAAAAUGGUGGGACCAAAGGGAAUGUCUUGCGCCCGCCGCCUGGGAGUCACAGCCCUACUGUUUUGGAAAGAACGCAUGCUCCGUGCAGACAACACAACAGUUAUUGUCCUGGCCCUACAGGUGCGCGGGGACCCGCCCAUCCCUAUGCAUCAAGAGGAGAUCGUCGUCGACAUGUCUACAGGAAUGGACCAUGUUCCAUUCCCAGGAACUACUUAUAACACAUGUCAGGUCCCACAGGAGGAGCAUGACGACGACAUGUUUUUUGAAGAAGAUGGGAUUUAUGGAGAAGAUCAUGAGGGAUGGCCGUGCCUGGAGUGGUAGUGAGCGGAUUGUUGCAGCAAAUGCUUCCACAUUUGGGCUGUACGAAGCAGCUUUCUGUGCCACGGCUCAGCUCUUACCUGAUGUUGACUCUGUGAGGGCCACACUGCCCCCACCCCCCUCACCCCCCUCAGAGGGUUUCGUGAAUGUUUUCCAAAAGCAUGACUCCAAAACCCAAAUGAACUGUGCAACUCAUCCGUUAAAAAAAAAAAAAAAAAAAAAAAGGUCUCGCCGUACACCGCACGUCGCCCCUGAACUAAGAGGUCCUCCCCGUCUGCUUGGCCGGUCUUCCGACAAAAGUUUCUCCCAGAAGACGC